CCCAAAUCCCCAUAACAAGAGUUGGUGAAAAAGCGUAUCAAGUAUGUCUUCCACAACAAUAUCAACUUAAUAACAGCGUGAUGCAGGAGUGCUUCUAGGCAUGGACACACUCUCCAGCCACAGCUCCUACCUGCUGCAGCAGCUGCAGGAGCAAAGGAUUCAGGGCAUGCUGUGUGACUGCAUGCUGGUGGUCAAGGGAGUCUGCUUCAAAGCCCACAAAAAUGUCCUCGCUGCUUUCAGCUCCUAUUUCAGGUCUUUAUUCCAGAAUUCCCCGAGUCAGAAAAACGAAGUGUUCAACUUGGUUAUCCAGGAUGUGGGAGGCAUCGGCCAAAUCCUGGACUACAUGUACACCUCCCAUCUUGACAUCAACCAGGACAACGUGCAGGCACUCCUUGACAUCGCUCAGUGUUUGCAAGUCCCUAACGUCCAAAGCAUGUGUAACACCUUCCUCAAGCCGGUGGAAAUGCCAUCCUUCUCUCUGCCUGGUAUGCUGACUUCAGAACACGACUGCCUCCUAGGGAGCAGCCUGCCCAAUGAUGUCCACCUCCAUUGUCCAUCUGAAGUACCCAGGCCCGGCUUCAUGGAGCAAGCCAGAAGAAUGGCGGUUUCUGUGCCUAACAGCUGCAACCAGGCACCUGUAGAAAAGCAGUUAGUCCAUGGUUAUAAGCUCCGCAACUUCUACAGUAAGCAGUACUUCAAACAGAUUCAGGCCUCAAGUCAGAGCCCGGGCCCUUCAGUUGUGGUGGAGGAGUCCCAGUGUCAUCUCGGGGUUAGCCAGGGAGAAAAUCACUCAAACACAGUCCAGCCCAACAAUUCUUCCUUGGCCCUUGACAAGAGCCACGUCUCUGCACUGACACCCUCCGAUAGCUUAAACGCUGACCAUGCAGACUCCAUGCUCGAUAAGCCAAUGCGUCCAAAGAAGACCGUCUACCUAAAGAAAUACAACUACUUACGCGCUCAGAAGGCCUUGGAGGAAAUGUUGGCAGAACCAGUCAGCGAGCCCAUCCUUAGCUGCGCCAAAGAGGUCCAGAUUGAAGCUGAAGAUAUUGUCGCUGAAAGGGAAGACACAACUAAGACCCCAUCAGAUGCUGAAAUACCCAGACCUUCGCUGGCGAACCAGGAGGACGUGCCGAGUGUGGCGCAGCAAACGCUACAUAAAUAUUGCUGCAACGUUUGUGGGAAGAUCUUUAAACACCCCAGCAACCUUGAGAUGCACAAACGAUCACAUACAGGCGAGAAGCCAUUCGAGUGUAACAUCUGUGGAAGGAACUUCUCCCAGGCUGGGAAUUUACAGACACACCUGCGACGACAUUCUGGAGAGAAACCUUAUAUCUGUGAGUUAUGUGGCAAAAGCUUCACAGCGUCUGGUGAUGUCCACCGUCACAAGGUGGUCCACACAGGAGAGAAACCCCACCUGUGUGAUAUAUGUGGUCGAGGGUUUAACAACUUGAGCAACCUGAAAGAACACAAGAGGACCCACGCCACAGACAAGAUGUUCACCUGUGACCAGUGUGGAAAAUCCUUCAACACGCACAGGAAACUCCUGAAGCACAAAGCCUGCCACGCGGGGGAGAAACCACACAGCUGUCCCACAUGCGGGAAGUGUUUCAUCGGCUCCGGGGACCUGCAGCGUCACAUCCGCUCCCACACUGGAGAGAAACCAUACCUCUGCACCACUUGUGGAAAAAGCUUCACCCGUUCGGCCAUGUUGAGGAAACACAGCAACAUGCACUGCAAGGGUGCGCCGGCUGAUGGCGCCGUCGCCUCGGACCAGACUGCUAGUGCAGACGUAGACACGCCUCUUACCAAAAGUGUCUGUCUGAACAAUGUCACCACAGGUGAGCAGACUUUUCCCGCAUUGAUGCCUCACACAGGACCUGAGAAGCCUUCAACACCUACUCCUCCACCUUUGGACAUCCAGCUCAGCCCAGCUUCAAGCUCCCUUCCAGAACUGCGCACUCUGGUCCCUCAUCACCUCCUCUCAGCCUCACACCAGGAAAGGUUGCCUGCUUCGGAUCACAUGAAGCUGCCCAAAGCCCACCUAUCCCCAGAGGUGGUGUAUGGGCCCUAUGUGGAAAACGGACCUCUGGGAGGUGAGAUUGGGAGAGGCAAGCCCUACCAGGACAGUCCCUGUGCCACAUUGACUGGGGCCACUCGCUCCAACAGUGGCUCUUACAGAUCCGGUGAAGGCAACUUUACAUCCAGCGUAACUCUGUGGGGCCUUGCCAUGAAGACUUUGCAGAACGAUAACGACAUGGAUCAAUAACACUUCUGUCUGUCACCUAGGGCAGGGGUCGGCAACCCACAAUGUUGAAAGAGCCAUAUUAGACCGAAAACACACAAAACAAAAUCUGUCUGGAGCCACAAAAAAUGAAAAGCCUUAUUUAAGUGUUAUGAUGAAGGCAACACAUGAUGUAAGUGUCUAUAUUAGCCUACUAUCAAAAUGACCGUGUUUCGCGGGCUGACGCAAAUCUUUGUUGAUAGAAAUGUAAUAUUUAUUCUACACAUUUGAAAUCAUUAGUAAAAUGGAGGCUUCUCACAGGGUGAGAUAACUCCUGGAAAUGACUGUCUUAGAAUGGCCAAAGGUGUACAUGUGUGUGUCCAAGUUAAAGGAAACUUCUUCUAUUACAAUCUCUGCAAGCUGGCUAACAUUUGCUGUGGUCUGGAACAACAUGGCACACAAUGUGUCAUGAAACAUGCAAAUAUAAAUUCAAUUUACAGAGGACAAAAGUAAAGGAAAUAAAAUGAUACAAACGAGGCAUAAUGAUGUACCGUAAUGUGUAAUAAAUACAUACAGCUAGCAUGUUAGCAUUGAUUAGCUUGCAGUCAUGCACUGACCUAACAUGCCUGAUUAGCACUCCAACAAGUCAAUAACAUCAACAAAGCUCACCUUUGUGCAUUCACGCACAACAAUAAAAGUUUGGUGGACAAAAUGAGACAAAAAAGGAGUGGCAUAAAACACGUCUUAGAAAGUUGUACAUGUAAACAAACUACGGUGAGUUCAAGGACCGCCAGAAUUAGUCGGACAAAACGGCCCUCGCCAAAUAGUCUCUAAUCAGUGAAGCAUGUUUAAUAUAAAGAGUGGGAUUUCUAACAAUUUGGGCGGUUUGUGUCAUGUUUGUCCUCCAACAGAAAACAUAGUAAAACAAAAAAAUCUAUUUUUUUCCCUCAUCUUUUUCCAUUUCUGAAAAAGCUCCAGAGAGCCACUAGGCCGGCGCUAAAGAGCCGCAGGUUGCCGACCCCCGCCUUAGGGGUUAGUCCAGAAGUCGUUUUGGUCGCUUGUUCUUGCUCUUCUGGUCACUACCUGAGGUUCAUGAGUCAUGACCACAGGUGAGGGUCUUAUUGUUGUGGAGGAGCACCCUCUACUGGACAAACUCUGUAACGGCAUCAUUUCAGAACUAUGCCCUGCAUGUUUUAUUGGAUUAUCAUCCAAUAAAACAUGAGGCCAAAUAGAAAAAUAUAAAUCUCUGCAGUUUCCUAAUCAUAACCUCAUUAUGCAGCACAUCUUAGUAGAAAACUAAACAAAUGAACUUUUUUGUAUUGCACUGCACUUAAAAUUGUUUGAAAUAUAUUUUGCCUUCUGAUAUGAUGCAUAUAUUGUUGGAGAAUAAAAAAAGGAAAAUACUCUU